UCGCAAAUCAUCGAACUGAACGUUGGUGGGGAGAUAUUUAUGACUACGCUGAGCACGUUGAAGAAAUAUCCCAGUUCCAAACUGGCAGAGAUGUUUGCCAGCGGUCAGCCCAAGCUUCGCACUGACGCAAAAGGACGGUACUUCAUUGACCGCCCUGGAACGUAUUUUAAGUACAUCUUGGAAUACCUACGGAGCAGCCAGGUUCCUAUGCAGUAUGUUCAGGACGUGUACAAAGAGGCUCUUUUUUAUGACAUUGAGCCGUUGAUCAAGCAACUGGAGGAUUCUCCUCAGAUCUUUGGGGAGUUGGUGGCCAGAAAGCAGUUCCUCGCCCGGGUCCCUAGCUACACAGAGAACAUUGAGCUGAUGAUCCGUAUCGCUCGUGCGGAGGCGGUGGCUUCGCGUCAAUCCAGUGUCAUGGUGUGCGUCGUGAAGAACGAGGAAGACAUGGCCAAGUGCCGGGAUGCUCUCAAUAGCCUGGACACCUACAAGAAAUCCGUGGUCACCUUCGGCCCUUGGAAGGCUUCACCGAGCAGUUCCGAUUUGCUGGACUGCAUUAAAAUGGACAUUGCGGCCAAAGGUUACAAAAUCUCAUUCCAGGUUUAUUCUCUGGAAAGGAGUUUCCUGUUCAAAUCCGGCAACUACUUCUACAAAUUUCUGUUUACUUGGUGGUAGCGCGAAAAGCCAAUGUUUUAAUCUAUUAAAAUGAGUGACUUUCUAAUG